AAGCUCAUUGUCCUGCACCUGUGAGUAAAAGCAAUAGUCUGGUUUGCACAAGAUAAGCAUAAAAUAACAAUUAAUAAACAUAGCAUUGGUGCGGCAGUAUUGCAAUACUUAUGUAUUACUUGAGGAAUUAGUAAGGGUACAUACAUAUCGGAAACUCUGAUAAGUCAUAAAAUGAAUCAAAUACUAUUUUUUCAUUUAAUAAUUUCCGUUGUGGGACAUCAGGUUAUACUAGCCUCUAGUCAGACCGUUAAUAUAGAGCGAUCAGGCAGGCAAAUAAUUGGCGACGAAAGUACCCCGGUACCGACAAGCUCUGCAGCGCCAACGGAUGAUGGCGUCUUACCAGACACAACAACGAACCCGCUAUCUACCACAAAACCACCAUCAGUCCCACCUGGGAGCUCUGUUGUCUUAAAUCCCGGUGAUAUUCGGACUGUGGUCAGCAACAGAUUCGGCCGGACCUACAACAACGAGGGUAGAAUAUCAACAUGGCAAUUUUAUGCUAAUAAUUGCAUCCUGAAUGUAACUUGUCCAUGCUUCAGACUUCCAGUGUCAUCGAACUGCUUAGAAGCAUAUCUCGAAUUACGGACUGGAAUUUUGUACGAUGCUCAAAAAUUUUGUGGAAUAAAUCGACCUAACGGGUUCGCCUCUGACACUGGAGAGAUCAGAAUGAAAUACAAACCUAGCAACGAGCGAAUUCCUCCUGGAUUUACUUGUUUCGUCGCUUGUAAUCCCUUCGGAAUGCCCAUGAUGAAUCCCACAAUCCCAAUUAUUGGAUGCCCACCAUAAAACAUUUAAUUACUGACAAGAAGCUUUGAGUAACAACAAAAGCGUGUGGUUGCGGAACUGUCUUCGUUACUUAUCCCAUAUAUGUAAAUACAUGUAACCAGCUUAAAGGUGUAAAAACAAGCUAUUACGAUAAUAUGUUCCAAUAAAAAAAUAAUAACUAAAUGUCUAAAUA